AUGAUGAAGUCAAUCAGUCCAGAACUUGACACUGGAGGACAGGGUCGACUAGAUGUUGAUUUUGCUCCCGGUCAAAGUCAUAUAGCUCUUCGGUACCCCCACAAAUGUUUCUAUGUACCAGAAGUAUUUCAUAUGUCAAUGACAUAUACUAUACUGGUACCUUUAUUUAUAUCGGAUAUUAAUGAGAGUGUUGAUCUCGAAAAUAUUUAUGGUCCGCGAGCUACUUAUUUACGAGGGGUAUUAAUAAUUAAUAAUCAUCCUGUGCGACGAGUACGUAUAGUCGGACGUAUAGUGGGAGAAGUAUAUAAAGAUUAUGGGAUGGCUCAUAAGCUGAAUUAUGUAUUGAUCACAGUAGAUGACUCAUCAUCAACGAGUCUGCAGAUCCCCGUGAAAGUACCUGAAUCUAAGUAUAUUUCUAAAGGGUUAAAGUAUGGCCAUAAUUAUGGUCGAUUAGUAGAAGCUUGUGGCAUAUGUCUUGUGGCAUACGGAGGUCGUGAAAUUAAGUGUGAUUACCUUAAUAUACUCGGUGGUGAUAAUGAUUUUCACUUGGAAAUAGCUAAUUGGAAGACAACCUUGGACUAUAGACAGUCUGUAUUAAGUAUACCGUGGGAAUAUGAACCCAGUACUAAAAGUAUUGUUGGGGAUAACUUUACGGAUGAGCCUCGUUACGAGCCAGACGAACUAGUACGACGUUUGGAACGUUCAGCCUUACAGUUGCAAGGGACCAUGAGCCAGAUGCCUGAUCUAGUAAGAGAAGAUUCUAGACUUACAAACCUUAAAAGAAUGCAACAAGAAGUCAUUGAAAUCGACGAAGAAGAAGAAGGAGAAGAAGAAGAAGAAACCAGUGGUGAUCAUGCAUCAUUCAAUUCAUGUACUUCCCAUGAGUAUACGGAGCCAGACUUCAUAUACAUAUCAUCACAAGAUAAAGAAGCAGAGGAAGAGCUUGAAAUAGUUGAUGUCAGACAGGUUUCUCUACCGGUGAUAACCGAGUUCCAACUUACUAUUGAAUUUUUAAAAUAUAUUAUAAAUCAUAACUUCAAACCAUUCCGACUUGUGGAUCUCUAUAAAGAUGAUACCUACUUUGAUAGUCUCACUAAUUAUGUACAUUUACAGCUUGCACUAACUCAUAUCGAUGAUAAGAGUCCUCACAAAUCGCGAACUUUCCAACAGGAAAUCCUCUUCCACAGAAUAAGACAUAAUUUACAGGUGAAUUACAAUUUGAUUACUGUAACAAAAUCACAACGAGUUAAGGCGAGAAAUUUCCAUAGACUCUACUAUGAUUUAUCAGUUAUCUUAAGUCGACUUCAAUUCCAAGAUCCUGCAUGUAACUUUAAUGUUGUUCAUUACUUAGAGUCCAUACGUACUACAUUUGCCAUUGGAGAUUCAUUUCCCUACAAGGCCAUUAACUCCGUAGUAGACUAUAUACUUACAGAUGUAUUACAUACUCGAAAAAAUUGGAAAUAUGAUCCAAAAGCUCAAGAAUGGUCCUGUGUUGCGGCUGGCGCACAUAACCGCGACUAUCAAUGA